AUGGCCCGAAAACCGCGACAAGUCAACCUCGGUCCCCUACUAACGUUGCCCCUCAAGGCAGGUCGCCGCCUGCGUCUAGUGCGCGCAAUGUCUCUCUGCCGCCGGCUGCGGCCGCCGCCAGCGCUCUUGCGCGGCGCGGCCGCGCCGCCCGCUGGCAGCGGGCGCGGCUUCGGCGCUGUGGUGGCGCAGGAGCUGCCGCGCGCCGGCCCUCCGGGCUUCGCCGUGCCGUGGCUGCGGCCGCGGCCGCCGGCGCCUGCGCGCGUCGCCGCGGGCGGCCGGCGCGGCUUCUGCGCCGUGGCGGAGGCGCUGCUGCCCGCGGGCCUGCGGCGCUCCCCGCACGUGACGCUGCGCCUGCACAAGGCGGGCGAGCAGUUGGCGCCGUCGAAGGACGGCAAGAGGUCGGUCGGCGUCUCCGAUCGCGGCGCGGGGCUGGUGUACAGGGGCGGCGGCCGCCCGGCGUCCAGCGACGCCAUCGAGGGCAGGGAGGCGGCCGGGGAGUCGCUGGAGGGCGUGUGGGUCGUGAAGAUCCAGCCCCCCCUUGACGUCAGCAGCGAUUCCGCGGGCGGCAUCGGCAAGAUCACGCCGGCGACGCUGCUGCUGAACGACAGGAAGUGGAGGUUCAUGCGAUUCGUGAAGGAGGAGGACGACGGCCACUUCCCCCUGCUCCGGUGCGCCCUGUCCGAGCCGGGCCAGGUCGCCUACCUUUUCGCGGAGCAGGUGGAGGACAAGGGCCCAGUCCUUCGGGUCUUCACACAGGAGCGUCCCGCGCCGCAGCUCGUCGGCUGGUGA